GCAAUGGCAGUGAUUGUCAGUGUAAUUUUUCAGAUUCAAAAAUGCAUCUCAGAGAUCAAUAGGCAAAGCUUUCCACAAGGUUUUGUUUUUGGCACUGCUGCUUCAGCUUUUCAGUACGAAGGGGCAGUAAAAGAAGAUGGAAGAGGGCCAUCUGUGUGGGAUACUUUUUCUCAUUCACCUGGAAAAAUACUGGAUAAUACCAAUGCUGAUGUUGCAGUGGAUCAAUACCAUCGUUACGAAGAAGAUGUGCAACUUAUGAAAGACAUGGGAAUGGAUGCAUACAGGUUUUCGAUUUCUUGGUCUCGAAUUUUCCCAUAUGGAUCUGGAGAAAUUAAUCAGGCAGGAAUAGAUCACUACAAUAAACUCAUCAAUGCCUUACUAGCCAAAGGAAUUGAACCAUAUGUGACCCUCUACCAUUGGGACCUACCCCAAGCCUUGGAAGACAAGUAUAGGGGUUGGCUUAGCCCUUUCAUCAUAAAAGACUUUGCAAGAUAUGGUGAAUUAUGCUUUGAAAAAUUUGGAGACAGAGUGAAAAACUGGAUCACUUUCAAUGAGCCUCAUACAUUUGCAAUGAUGGGAUAUGAUCUUGGAAUUGAAGCUCCUGGAAGAUGUUCUAUUCUUCUUCAUCAAUUGUGCAGACAUGGAAACUCUUCUACUGAACCUUAUAUUGUCGCUCAUAAUGUUCUUAAUUCUCAUGCAAUAGUAGUGGACAUCUAUAGGAAAAAGUACCAGAAAAUACAAGGGGGCUCUAUUGGAAUAUCUCUGGAUGUGAUUUGGGUUGAGCCAGCAACAAACUCAAAGGAAGAUAUUGAAGCAGCUCAACGAGCCUUAGAUUUUCAACUUGGCUGGUUUCUAGAGCCAUUAGUUUUUGGAGAUUAUCCAAACAUAAUGAGAAGUAGAGUCGGUAAUAGGCUACCAACAUUUUCUAAAUCUCAAGCAUCUCUUCUUAAAGGAUCAUUAGAUUUUGUCGGCAUUAAUCAUUACACCACACUUUAUGUCUACAACCUCGCCGUUCCGCUUCAUGAUUACAUCGAAGAUUCUGCUGUCCUUACUUUUCCAUUUAAUGGCACCAAUGUCAUUGGAGAAAGGGCGAAUUCUUUAUGGUUGUAUAUAGUACCACACGGGAUGAGAAGUACAGUGAAUUACAUAAAACAGAAAUACGGAAAUCCUCUCAUCAUUGUCACAGAAAAUGGGAUGGAUGAUCCAAAUAACCCAUCUAUCUCAAUCAAAGAUGCUUUGAAGGAUGAGAAAAGGAUUAAGUACCACAAUGACUAUUUAGUUAACCUAUUAGCUUCAAUUAAAGAAGAUGGAUGCAAUGUAAAAGGCUACUUUGUAUGGUCCCUACUGGAUAAUUGGGAGUGGCAAUCUGGAUUCACUUCUAGAUUUGGUCUAUAUUUCAUUGAUUACAAAGACAAUUUGAAGAGAUACCCAAAACAAUCUGUUGAGUGGUUCAAGAAGUUCUUGAAUUAA